CGCAUGGGUCAGCAGGGGCAAGGAGGCAAGGAGACCAACGGGCCCCAGCGAAUAAGCGAAUGAAUGACGCGCGCACUGCGACUCGCGGCGACUGUGCGGUCACAUCUGACUCUGAUCGCGAAGAACAACGUCUCACGGAGUCGCACUCCUCCAGUCGCCGCGAUGAAGUACAUUCUGGUCACCGGCGGUGUCAUUAGCGGCAUCGGCAAAGGUGUGAUUGCCAGCAGCGUGGGCACCAUCCUCAAGGCUUGCGGCCUCCAAGUCACGUCAAUAAAGAUAGAUCCAUACAUAAACAUCGAUGCCGGAACCUUCUCGCCGUACGAACAUGGCGAGGUGUACGUUCUUGACGACGGCGGCGAAGUCGACCUUGAUUUGGGAAACUACGAGCGCUUUCUGGACAUCACGUUACACAGGGACAAUAAUAUAACAACUGGGAAAAUCUAUCAGCAUGUCAUCAACAAGGAGCGAAAGGGUGACUACCUUGGCAAGACUGUGCAGGUUGUUCCCCACAUCACUGAUGCCAUUCAGGAGUGGGUUCAGAAAGUUGCGCUUAUUCCUGUCAAUGACUCUAACCAGACACCAGAAGUUUGCAUUAUUGAGCUUGGAGGAACGAUAGGUGAUAUUGAAGGGAUGCCCUUCGUGGAGGCUUUCCGACAGUUUCAGUUCCGUGUCAAAAGAGAAAACUUCUGCUGCGUUCAUGUGAGCCUGGUGCCACAGCCCAAGAGCACUGGAGAGCAUAAGACAAAGCCAACACAGGCCAGUGUCCGUGAAUUGCGAGGCUUGGGCUUAUCUCCGGAUUUGAUUGUUUGCCGCAGCGAAAAUGAGAUCACGAAUUCUGUCAAGGAUAAGAUUUCCAACUUUUGCCACGUUGAGCCACGGCAGGUCCUCUGCAUGCAUGACGUGCCUAGCAUCUACCAUGUGCCUAUCUUCAUGGAGGAGCAAGGCAUUGUCGAGCUUUUCGCUGAACGCCUUCACCUUCAGGUGCCAACUCCUAGACCUCGUCGUCUGAUGUAUAAAUGGCGGGACCUUGCGCUCAAGGCGGAACGGCUCAUACGGGAAGUGACUAUUGCACUUGUGGGAAAGUACAUCAAGUUGCAGGACGCUUACUCCUCGGUUAUCAAGGCUCUCCAACAUGCUGCACUCGCCUGCAACCACAAACUGAAAAUCAUGUACAUAGAUGCAGAAGAGUUGGAGCCUACUAUGAAAGCUGAACACCCAGUCAAGUUUCAUGCUGCCUGGCAGAACCUGUGUGUUGCAGAUGGCAUCAUUGUUCCUGGAGGCUUUGGAAGCCGAGGAGUGGAAGGCAAGAUUGCUGCUAUCGAAUGGGCCCGAAAAACAAAGAAACCAUUUUUAGGUGUGUGCCUUGGGCUGCAAUGUGCGGUGAUUGAGUUCUCUCGCAAUGUCCUAGGGUGGGAAGAUGCCAACUCAUCUGAGAUCAAUGCCAAGACUUCACACCCUGUUAUUAUUGAAAUGCCUGAGCACAAUGUGGGUCAAAUGGGAGGUACAAUGCGUCUUGGCAAGCGAGAGACAAACUUCAACACUCAUGACUCUGUGUUGAGGAAGCUGUACCAGAAUGUGGACAAAAUUGAGGAAAGGCAUCGGCAUCGGUACGAGGUUAACCCUUCCUAUGUCCCUGAGCUUGAGAAAGCUGGCCUGAAGUUUGUCGGCAAGGACACUUCAGGAAAGCGAAUGGAAGUGAUAGAACUAUCUGAUCACCCAUAUUUUGUGGGUGUUCAGUUUCAUCCAGAGUACAUCAGCCGGCCACUGAAGCCGUCGCCGCCUUACAUGGGGCUCAUCUUGGCUUCGUGUGGCCGCCUAAAUGGGUUCCUCCUCCGCGGGUGCCGUAUGUCACCUCGGCAACUGAGUGACAUAGGUUCUUCGUCUGAGGAUGAGACGCAUGAGCCUGUUCCUGUCCGUGUGGAAGCAGGCACAUCCACAAUGCCUGUUCGGGUAUCAAUGCCUGGCCGAGAAUCUGUUAUGCAUCAUGACUUGCACCAUGCUAGUCAUCAAGCAGCACAUGGUGGUACAAUGGCACCGGGGUUUUCACGAAGCGAAGAUUACCGCUCAGUUACGACAUGUAACGAUGAUCCUGACCCGCCUAGUGUCUCUGAAGGUCAUCCCUCGCCGCCCCCAUGCAACGGGAAAAUCCUGACGGUGGACGAGGCUGACGAGUCUUACGACAGCACCAGCUUGAAUGCCAAGACUUCAAAGAGCGACAAAUCUUUAAAGCAGCGCACCUUCCGCUACCAUAUAAGGAAAGGUAAGCCUGACUGGUUCUGGCAAAACCUUCUAUCAGGUUCUGAUGUGGUACGCUUCAAAUUUUUGUGUUGGGCCAAUUGACAGCCUAAACUCUAAAUGUUUUUCUUUUCACAGAUGUGCUUGUCACUUUUACCCUGUGCUAUGCCUUAUCGUACUUAAUCGAUUGUUGUUAUAGUCACCGAAAACUAGUGCCAGGGCCUGAAUGUUGUAAUACAUAUAUUCAAUAGCUCUUUCUUUAGAUAUCAAAUGAGUACUUAUAAUUAAUACUUUGAGGAAUGUGUAGUGCUGUGAAUAAUUUCUGAAGCAUGAUAGUGUCUGAGAUUGUUCACUGCGAAAACUGCAGUAUAUGAAUACUUCAGAAGUGCUAAAGUGACCAAGUAGGCUUCUCCUUAGUAAACAAAAUCAGCAUGUUUGCUGUCACCUUUGUAUCAAUUGCAGGUUCGUCUUCGUAUGGAUCUGAUAUUUGACAUACAGAGAACACGUGAUGAUGAGCUGUAUACCCGAGCACCAAGACACACAUGAAAAUGUGCACGCUGUACCCUAGGCCAUCUUGGGGCUUUCAGGCAGUGUCAACAUCUAGCAGUUCUUUCAACUUGCAUCAUGCCCCUUGCGAAUGUGGACAAUAUUGUGAAUGGGAAGAUGUGAAAUAGCACGGAAUAUGUCAUUCAUGAGAUCGUUGUUGACUAACGUUAUGGGUUCCAGGUAGGAUUUACAUGUAACUGUUAUAGAACUAAUCUAUUCAACUGCAUAUGGAAUAAAAUUUAUUACUCCUCA